UUCUGAGGCGUGGGCCCAGUCGGGUGUGCAGCCAAUGGCCUCCGUGCCAAGUGGUGGGAACCGUUGGUGUCCGACUCCUUCCAUUUAGGUUUAGCGUUGAGAUAGGCCUAGUCGUUAAUCAGUGGGCUGCACUCCCUUCCCGGCUGAAGUGAGGCUGGGUAUUUGUUGUUCAGGUGAGGUCUAGUAAAUGGUGGAGUACCUCCCGGCCGUGGGGUCUCUGUGGCUUGGAGUCGGAGAGGAGCCCUAUCCGCAAGGAAGCCCAGCCUCGUCAACGGGACAGAGUGGAGCGCAAGCCCUCAGGUCUGGCGGGCGGCGUGCAAAACAGCAGCGGAGCAAGUGUAGCCGAGGCACGGCCCUGUGUUGGCCCCACGACGGCUCCUCCUCACCCCGAACCUGGGAACGCUGCGGAGCCCCUUGCUGCGUGAACACCAGCCCUCGCAACCUCUCCUCUUUUCACCGAAGUGCGGUCCCGGGCUGGUGAAGGGACAGCGGGCGCACUGACUUCUCAGCCCCCAUUUCAGUUUCGGUCUCCCGGUGCAUUCCUUAAGUGUAAGGUGAUUCCUAAGCAGCUGGAAACCUGAGGUUGUAAAGGGGCUGCAGGAAAUGGACUGCAGGGUAAAAAACAAGCAGAACUUGAAGGUUUAACCACUGACCCAUUUCACAGAAUGUUCCAUGCAUUGUGGACAAAAAGAUGGACUUGGUCUUUAUUUUUAAAAAGAGAUUGUCAAUGAUCUGAUCCGACUAUAAAUAUUCACUGAUGAAGAUGCAUGGACUUGUCAUUAGGUUGGACUAAUGGUCAUUUCUGAAAGUUUCUUCAACCACAAUUUCUAUUUGAAAAUUCAAGUAUCAAAGAAUAUUGGCUUUAGAGUGGUAUAAUGAUGUAUUUUCUCUGAGGACUACAGAUUUUGUAGAGACCACAGUUGGAUUCCAGUUAUAUUCUCCAAAGUGUUUCAAUCCUUUGAUAAACUUAAUUCUGAAGAGUUUUAUGUUUAUGAACGACACCAAAAGAUGGGAGAAAAAAAUGGUAAUGCAAAAACUUUCUGGAUGGAGCUGGAAGAUGCUGGAAAAGUGGACUUCAUAUUUGAACAAGUGCAAAAUGUGCUGCAGUCCUUAAAACAAAAGAUCAAAGAUGGGUCUGCCACAAAUAAAGAAUACAUCCAGGCAAUGAUUCUAGUGAAUGAAGCAACUAUAAGUAACAAUUCCACAAUGAUAAAAGAUCAUAUAUCUGUGACCCAGAAUGAACAGGAAAAUAAAUCAAGUUCAUUGCCCUCUACAUCAUAUGAAGAUUCCUUUCCAGAAGGCUGUACAUUUCUAUCUACAAAAAGUAAGGAAAUCAACUCUCUGGAAAGUAAAGCUGCAUACUUUAGAGAAGAAUCAUCAUCUUUGAAUUUAUCUUACCAAAGUCAUGAUUGCUCUGGUGCCUGUCUGAUGAAAAUGCCACUAACCUUCAAGGGAGAAAACCCUUUGCAGCUACCAAUCAAAUGCCACUUCCAAAGACGACAUGCGAAGACAAACUCUCAUUCUUCAGCACUCCAUGUGAGUUAUAAAACCCCUUGUGGAAGGAGUCUACGAAACGUGGAGGAAGUUUUUCGUUACCUGCUUGAGACAGAUUGUAACUUUUUAUUUACGGAUAAUUUUUCUUUCAAUACCUAUGUUCAGUUGACUCGGAAUUACCCAAAGCAAGAAGAAAUUGUUUCUGAUGUGGAUAUUAGCAAUGGAGUGGAAUUGGUGCCCAUUUCUUUCUGUAAUGAAAUUGACAAUAGAAAGCUUCCUCUGUUUAAGUACAGAAAGACUAUGUGGCCACGAGCAUAUUAUCUGAACAGCUUUUCCAACAUGUUUACUGAUUCAUGUGACUGUUCUGAGGGCUGCAUAGACAUAACAAAAUGUGCAUGUCUUCAACUGACAGCAAGGAAUGCCAAGACUUGCUCCUUAUCAAGUAAUACAAUAACCACUGGAUAUAAAUAUAAAAGACUACAGAGACAAAUACCUACCGGCAUUUAUGAAUGUGGCCUGUUAUGCAAGUGUAAUCGACAAAUGUGUCAAAACCGACUUGUCCAGCAUGGACCUCAAGUGAGGCUGCAGGUGUUCAAAACUGAGAAGAAGGGAUGGGGAGUACGCUGCCUAGAUGACAUUGACAGAGGAACAUUUGUUUGCAUUUAUUCAGGAAGAUUACUAAGCAGAUCUAACACUAAGAAACCUGAUGCUGUUUAUGAAAAUGGAAAAGAAGAGACUAUGAGAAAUAUUUUUUCAAAAAAGAGAAAAAUAGAAGUUGCAGAUUGUGAGGUUGAAAUAAUCUCAUUAGAAUUAGGAACACCUCCUAGAAGUGCUGAGAAUAAAGAACAUCCUCCAGAGUUCAGUAAUACUACUAACAAACCUGUCCUAGAAAUGAAAUGUAACAAUAUUUCAAGAAUUCAGCCUCACUCAGUCAUUAAAAGUCUUAAAGCCAAGACUGCCAUUAUUCAGCACAAUGGGAAAAAGAUGGAGUUUGCUUCCUCAGAGUCUGUCACCUCAGAAGAUGAUGAUGGAUUUAAACCAAUCCAAGUAUAUCUGAACCAUAAAGCCAAGGAAAUGAAACAGGACGCAAACUCAAACGAAGUUGAAGAUUCUGAAGACAAUCUGCUGAUUGAAUCAAAUGUGAUAAAUAUAACUAAAUGUAGAGAAGCUCCAUCAGAGGGCAGAGGUAAUCAAGCUACCACAUUGGAUAAUCACAAUACUGUAAAGGGGUUUAAAAUUCAAAUACAAAAGCCCCAGGAGGAAAAAUCUCCAGCAUGUCAAAACCAGCGGGUCUGUUGUGAUAAAGAGUUGGCAAGUGAAACUGCGAAUACUUCGUCUGAUUCUCUAAAGAAGCUCAAUAAAGGGAAUGUGUAUUUAUUGGAUGCCACAAAAGAAGGAAAUGUGGGCCGCUUCCUUAAUCAUAGUUGUUGCCCAAAUCUUUUGGUACAGAAUGUUUUUGUAGAAACACGUGACAGGAAUUUUCCAUUGGUGGCAUUCUUCACCAACAGGUAUGUGAAAGCAAGAACAGAACUAACAUGGGAUUAUGGCUAUGAAGCUGGGACUAUGCCUGAGAAAGAAAUCCUCUGCCAGUGUGGGGUUAAUAAGUGUAGAAAGAAAAUAUUAUAAAUCUGUAGGUAAUGCCUGUUGAUAAAAUGAGCUUAUCAAGCUGAAAUUAGAGCCAUGCAUAAGAACCUUCAGUCAUCAGUGGAGUUUAUUCAGGUUGUGAUCCAUCAAGAGAAAUCAGAUCCAUCAAGAUCCUCAGUCUAUCCUUGUCAGGGGUUCAUUUGUGUGACUUAGACAUGCUAGGAACAAAAUAAGGACAUUUUUGUACAUACAGGGUAUCUCUUUAUUCUUACUGAUGUUCAACUUUACAUGAAUAGGAUGGGAUUGUAUAUGUUAUAUGAAAUGCCACUAAGCAAUUUGUAACUUAUUUGUAAAUUAUAUAUUAAGAGAAACAUGUUGUCACAAUAGAACUCUGCUGUUCUUAUGCUUUUUGAUUAUCCUUGAGUUAAUGCCCUCAAAGGGCCAAAUUUCGUAUGUUUACAGAAUUUACUUCUAUUUAAUUCCUGGCAAAUAACUUACCCUUAUGAGCCAUAAGGUGGGCAACAAAGCCUGAGGAAUAUAUAAAAACUAACUUCAUUUAUAUUACUUCCAAGUAUUUUAACACUAGUUGGAGAAGCUGUAUCUGCCUUCUUGAAACACUGUCACUUCAAGCCAUUGAGUGAGAAGAGGAAGGAAUAAACUCUUCGCAAACCAUGAGAUGAAACAUUUCUACAAGUCCUUCAGUACACACAGCCGUGAAAAGAGGGAAUAGGAACCUGGAGGAGUAAGAAUAGUUUUGUUCUAGAUAGAAGCCAUAAGAAAAGGAAACUUAGAAACUAAUUAGACUUAGUUUAUUUAGGCCAGAAGCAAUUGUGCUGGGCAAGAAUUUCAUUUAAAAAACAAAACAUUCUGCCAAGCUGCAAAGUCUGAAACAGAUCCUUGGACUCUCCAUAGCAUGAUGUGCAAUUUUUUUCUAGAGAAAAGGGGAAAAGGAAAAACCUAUACUUUGCUAAGUGUUUUCUAGCCUUGAUCAUCCAGUGGAAAGGGGACUGGGACUCUCCAAGAGUCGAAACUGAUUUUCUCCAUAACAAAGGUUCAUGUUUGGCUACCGGGAACCUCAUUCUUGGAACCAGGAUGGAAAGACUAGCUCAAAAAGGAGUAAUUAGUAAAGUAAAUUAAAAGUAGUUCUGGUUUUUGAGAGUUUAUAUGGUUUUUUGUUUCUUUUUCCUUUUCUGUGAACUUGAUUCUGGGCUUAGUUUGGUUACCUUUCAAACAAAAAUCUAAGUUUGGACCCAGUUUAAUUUCUUAAAAAUAUUAAACUAGGUGAAAAUUUAACUUGAAAUUGUUUGAGAAAUUUAGUUAGCAAAACUGUAUAGCCCAACAGCCAAGAUACACAGAUGAGGAAAAUUUAGAAAUCCACUUAUUCACAGUAAAGAUGUGGGAAUUUUAGGCAAUGCACUAAAAGUGAAGACACUUGAUUAGUAUGGAAAUAAUUCUGUGCAGAAAUCUUGAUCUACUUCAGUCUGUACUGCUUCACAGCUAUUAUAUUCCAUGUGACCUGAAGAUUCCUUUGUCUCUCAUGUCAGAUCUGUUUCCAGUUAAAUCCUGUCAUUUCCGUUUUCCUUGGUUUACUCCCACACAUUGGUGAAGCAUAUUCUCAAGUAGCUUUUGAGAAGGAAAAGUGAUAGGUAAAUAUUUAGAGGCCAUGCAUGUUGGAAAAUGCCAUUUUUUCUUAAAUAUCGUUAAUGUACAAUUGAACAUUAUGAUUACUAGACUCCCCCUAUUACCAAGUUCUUCCCUACAUACCCCAUUACAGUCACUGUCCAUCAGUGUAGUAAGAUGCUAUAGAAUCAUUACUUAUCUUCUCUAUAUAUACUGCCUUCCUCAUGUUCCCACCCCCAUACAUUAUAUGUGCUAAUCAUAAUGCCCUGUUCUCCCCCUUAUCCCUCCCUUCCCACCCAUCCUCCCCAGUCCCUUUCCCUUUGGUAACUGUUAGUCCAUUUUUGGGUUCUAUGAAUCUGCCACUGUUUUGUUCCUUCAGUUUUUUCUUUGUUGCUAUACUCCACAGAUGAGUGAAAUCAUUUGAUACUUGUCUUUCUCUGCCUGGCUAAUUUUACUGAGCAUAAUACCUUCUAGCUCCAUCCAUGUUGUUGCAAAUGGUAGGAUUUGUUUUCUUCUUAUGGCUGAAUAAUAUUCCAUUGUGUAUAUGUACCACAUCUUCUUUAUCCAUUCAUCUACUGAUGGACACUUAGGUUGCUUCCAUUUCUUGGCUAUUGUAAACAGUGCUGCAAUAAACAUAGGGGUGCAUAUAUCUUUUUCAAACUGGGCUGCUGCAUUCUUAGGGUAAAUUCCUAGGAGUGGAAUUCCUGGGUCAAAUGGUAUUUCUAUUUUGAGGAACCUCCAUACUGCUUUCCACAAUGGUUGAACUAAUUUACAUUCCCACCAGCAGUGUAGGAGGGUUCCCCUUUCUCCACAGCCUCGCCAACAUUUGUUGUUGUUUGUCUUUUGGAUGUUGGCCAUCCUAUCUGGUGUGAGGUGAUAUCUCAUUGUGGUUUUAAUUUGCAUGUCUCUGAUCAUUAGUGAUGUGGAGCAUCUUUUCAUGUGUCUGUUGGCCAUCUGAAUUUCUUCUUUGCAGAAGUGUCUUCAGAUCCUGUGCCCAUUUUUUCACUGGAUUAUUUGCUUUUUGUUUGUUGAGGUGUGUGAGCUCUUUAUAUAUUUUGGAUGUCAACCCUUUAUUGGAUCUGUCAUUUAUGAAUAUAUUCUCCCAUACUGUAGGAUGUCUUUUUGUUCUACUGAUGGUAUCCUUUGCUAUACAGAAGCUUUUCAGUUUGAUAUAGUCCCACUUGUUCAUUUUUGCUUUUGUUUCCCUUGCCCGGGGAGAUAUGUUCAUGAAGAAGUUUGCUCAUGUUUAUGUCCAAGAGAUUUUUGCCUAUGUUUUUUUUUAAGAGUUUUAUGGUUUCAUGACUUACAUUCAGGUCUUCGAUCCAUUUUGAGUUUACUUUUGUGUACAGUGUUAGACAAUAAUCUGAAAAUGCCAUUUUACUGUUAUAUUUGAUUGUGAUUUUGGCAGGAUAUAGAAUUCUUGAGUAGCGUCCAUGCCCAGUUUUGAAGGUAUCUGCUAGUUUCCUUGCUGCUUUUAAGUCUGAAAAGAUUCUGGCUUCCUGGGUGACUUCUGAAAGUCAGGCCAUUCUGUUCCUCAUACACAUAAUGUGACCAUUUUUUAUAUGUCUGGAAGCUUAUAGCAUUAUCUUUGUCCCAGUGUUCUGUUCCUGGUAAGGGUCCAUUUUCAUCCUUUGUACCAGGAACUUGGUGGAAUCUUUCAGUCUGAAAAACUUUGGCCUUCAUUUCAGGGAAAUUUUCUUGAGGCCUUCUCUGUGCUACACUGUCUUCACCAUCAUCCCCCCAAUACCAUAUGUGCCUAUCGUAAUACCCCUCAAUCCCCUUCUCCCUCCCUCCCUCCCCACUCACCCUACCCAACCCUCCCCUUUGGUAACUGCUGGUCCCUUCUUGGAGUCUGUAAGUCUGUUGCUGUUUUGUUCCUUCAGUUUUACAUCGUUGUUACACUCCACAAAUAAGGGAAAUCGUUUGGUACUUGUCCCAAGGUACCUCUUUAAAUACUCUGUAAAUACUCUUUUUGCUGUCCCCAGUUUGCUUCCUUUCCUCUUUAACGAUUCCUCAUUUGUCUCUCUUUCCAGAAUUCCUGUUAACCAGAUGUUAGACUUCCAGGAUUGGUUCUCUAAUUUUCUUAUUUCUCUUAAUUUCUGGCUCUGUCAUGUUGCUGUAUUUUCUAGGAGAUUUUUUCAGCUUAAUCUUCUAAUUUGUCUAUUGUGUUUUAUGUUUCUGACCUCAUAUUUUUAAUUUCUAGAGUCCUCUGAAUGUUCUUGUAUACCAUCUUUUUGUUCAUGAUUGCAGUACCUUAUCUCUUUGAAAAUACUAUGUAUGUAUGUAUAUGUAUAUAAUAUGUGAGUAUAUUAACACACAUACAUGCAAUCUUAUCUGUAUUUUCCUUUUCCUGCAUAUUCUGUCACCUCCAAGGUUUAUUUCUUUGUUUUCUCUGUAUGUUUCCUUUGGACUAUGUCAUGUUAUUGGCAUUCCUCAGUUAGUGAUCUCUGCAGCCUACUCAUAAUUAAGAGUGGAACACUCAAAAGCUGAGAUUAUUAGCAGAGUAGGGAAGGGGCUCUUCAACUGCUCCACCAUGGUCUAGCUGAACUAUUCAGUCACUUCAGGAUUUUCUUUUUGGCCUGGCAAGGAAUACUCUUCCAUCUUCUUGCUUGAAUAUCAGGAAAAAAAACUUGGCUGCCUCAGAAUCUACCCUUUUCUCUGAUUUUGCAGCCCCACACCCUUGCUUUUGUAAUCUUUCAAUAUUUGUCAAGACUAUCCAAGGUACCUCUUUUUUAUAUUAUUAUUAUUAAGGUAUUAUUGAUACACACUCUUAUGAAGGUUCCCCCCCAUACCCCAUUGCAGUCAUUGCCCAUCAGUGUAGUGGAUGCCACAGAGUCACUAUUUGCCUUCUCUGUGCUACACUGUCUUCCCCAUCAUCCCAAUACCAUAUGUGCCAAUCAUAAUACCCAUCAAUCACCUUCUCCCUCCCUCCCCACACACCCUACCCAACCCCUCCCCUUUAGUAACCACUAGUCCCUUCUUGGAGUCUGUGAAUCUGUUGCUGUUUUGUUCCUUCGGUUUUGCAUCAUUGUUACACUCCACAAAUGAGGGAAAUCGAUUGGUACUUGUCCCAAGGUACCUCUUUAAAUACUUUUUGCUGUCCCCAAUUAGUUUCCUUUACUCUUUAAACCUCACAAAACUAAAGACCUCCGGUUUUCCUUUGAUUUAUUCCUCAGCAGACCACCAACUAUUAAUAUGCUUCUUUUCCACAGCAACUUAUUUUUUAACUGUAUUUAAUUAUAUGCAUUUGUUUUUACAUGUGUAUUUGUUACCUGAACAGAGAACCUCAUCUUGUAUGGUGGUGUGUACCCCAUGGGUGCUAAAUAAAGGCUUGAGACUGGCAACUGG